AUGAUAAUUGACGGCGAAAAGUACGCCUGCGAGGCAUGCGUGCGCGGGCACCGUGUCAGCAACUGCCAGCACUCUGAUCGCCCUCUUCAGCACAUCAACAAAAAGGGCCGACCCGUCUCGCAAUGCGCCCACUGCCGCUCUAUGCGCAAGUCGCGCGCUGCCCACAUCAAGUGCGACUGUGGUGAGAAGACGAGCAAGUGUACUCAUUUGCAGCCUACUGUCGAAGGACACACUGAGACGUGUUGCUGCAACCACGGCGGUCGCUGCACUUGCGCCCUUAAGAAGGAGCUAAGUCUCGACACUGUCCACGAAUCCGACUCGGAACAAGAAUCAACCGACAUCCAGGCUGCUCUGGCUGCCGGCCGUCCCAAGCCGCCUGUCAGACCCAGACGUCGCGCCAACACCAUUCACGCCGACGGCGGGCUCUGCUUUGACGAAAACGGCCACCACAAGCCCAUGGCCAAGCACAAUCGUGCGGCCCAAAAGUGCAAUCCAUAUCAGCUCAGCCGCGUCAACUCGGCCACCAGCGCCACCAGCCUCGGUGCUGGUGUCGAGGGUCUGAGCUUCACACACAACCCCGAUGUGCGGUGCACGCCCAAGAGUUCCGCUGCCCGCGAACGCCGCGUCAAGUCAGAAACCGCCUCUCCCCUCAUGUCUGGAUCCGGCUUCCAGCUUGGCGCCGCCAACCUGCCUCCUUUGGACCUCUCCAGGAUCGACAAUGCCGCCUACGUCAACAGCGGCUCGUUCGAGCUCUUUGGCUCCGGCUAUGAACAGGAAGGCCCCAUGUACAGUGCCGGCCUGUCGGCGGCUUCUGUCGAUUGGAGCCACUACGAGUUCAGCGACGGCCGCGCCGAGAACUUUGCUCCUUCGAGCUACAGCCAGACUGGGGGUCGCAGCUUCAACGGCCUCUUCGAGUUUGGCAGCGGCUCUGAGCAGCUCCCUACCCUCGCCAACACCACCUCGACCUCUGGCGACGUCUCCGAGGUCGAGGACUUUAUGCCUGGCGGCGAUGACAUUGACGGUUUCGGCAGCAACAGCUUCCUCCGCCAGAAUGUCAUGGCUGCUGGUGCUGCUGACCUGACCAGCAUCGACUACGACAGCUUCUACAAGAACGCCGACACUGCUGCCAUGGCGGGCUCUGGUGUGUCCCUCGUCGAGGAGGACCCCGCAUUCUGGAUGCCCAACUACAAUGACGGCAUCGCCGCUGUUGAGGAGAGCCCUGAUCCGCUCGGCGCCGCGACAGCCAACAACUUUUGGCAAAUGUAG